GGACCUAGACAUAAUUAAAUGUUAGUAAUUUAAUAGGAUAUAUAUGGUACCUACCAGAAUUUGUCCAAAAUAAACUCGUUAUAGUUGAGAACGUUUUGCAACUGUUUGGACUAAUGAUUGCAUCACAGAUAACUAAGUUUUCUCUUUGAUCUGUGUUUUGUUUAAAAAUAUCGCGUUGUAGAGGUGACAUUAAUACAGAUCUAGGAUCAGUGCAUUGAGGAUCCGUGUUACAAUAUUAACCGUAAAACUGAUCUUAAAUCAGCAUACCGAGGCAUCAUCUGACCAGGUCUAAGAACGAUGCAGCAGAAUGGCUUGUGAAGUGGGCAUGUCACCCUCAAAGUCCAAUCGGAGGCGUUUAUAUUGCAGAGUGGCCGCUUGGAACAGUCCUGUCCAGUUUGUCGGUAACCGAAUAGCACAUUUUGUAAUGCAGAAUAACAGAAAAUAAAAGCGUCUGGGUACAUUUGUGCUAUUUUUACCUGUUGGAUUUUGUUCAUGCUGUCUUUCUUGGACGCUGUGUGCACAUUGUGCAGGUCUGAAGAGGCAUUUAUUUGAAGUCUGGUAUGGGUCUGUAAGAGGCAUCAUGAGUAGGGAGCCAGACGCUUUGGCUGUGGUGAACCAGUUGAGGGAUCUUGCUGCAGAUCCUAUGAACAGAAGAGCUAUUGUUCAAGACCAAGGUUGCUUACCGGGACUCAUCCUUUUUCUGGACCAUCCCAAUCCCCAGGUUGUCUACUCAGCACUCCUGGCUGUGCGCUACCUUGCAGAAUGUCAAAACAGGGAGAAAAUGAAGGGAGAGCUGGGGAUGAUGUUAAGUCUUCAGAAUGUCAUGCAAAAGACAACCACCCCAGGAGAGACUAAGCUGCUGGCCUCAGAAAUCUAUGAACUCCUCCAGGCUUCUAAUGAGCCGGAGGAGCCUUUGUGAAGAGUCCUUGUUGAAGAUCCGAGGCGUCAUCAGCUUUACAUUCCAGAUGGGCGUUAAGAGGUGCAUUGUCAGAAUCCGCUCAGACCUGAAGGCAGAGGUAAUCAUCCCAUUCCCGGAGGAUGGUUCGGUAGCGGUGGAGCAGAAUGUGGAUCUUCCAGAGGAGGAGAGCCCGUCCCAGGAGCCAGACAAGGCUGUGACCUGCGUGGGCACAGGGCAGGAUGGAGCAGGCUGGCUAGGCACUGCAGCUAACUUCCUGUCCCGCCCGUUCUACUGGUGACACUCCCAGACCACCCACACCUGUUCAGAUACAGAAUCAGCCAAAGAGCUGGACUGCCAAAGGCCAUGUGUAACAACAAACUAUUCCAAUGCGUACAGUACACACAUGCACCCACAAUCCCACACCCACCUUGCACUAUACAGAAUCACCAAGCCAUUAAGAGAGAGGACUGGCUUCUGGAAUGGACUCUUAUUUCUUAUCUUUAGGGUUCUGAUUCAGAGCUAGACUAUUCUUUCUGCACAUGUAAAUGUUUUGGAAACCAAAUUGUCUUGUGAGGAGCAUUAUUGUGGCAGCAUUAGGACUUGAUCCAUCAGAAAGGGUCCAAACUUUGCCACAAAAUUAAUUUCCUGUAGUUGGAGCACUUUAAGGAUCUGAAAGCGUGUUUGCAAUAAGUGUCUUUUUCUCUGACUUUUUAGACCAAGAACUGACCCAUCCUCCCCUUUUUUGGCAAUGGGUGUUCCAGAAUAUGCAGUAAUCAACGUGUGUUCAGUUAUCGUGCUUUUCGUUUCAUUCUGUUUACAUGGAGACCCUUGUGACUGACUGUCAGCUUUAGUUCUAAAAUGUAUUCUGCCUGUAAGGCUCCCUCCUUUGAUAUAUUCCAAAGGUUACUGAUGUAGACACUGGAUAAACUCCAAUCUAGGUACUCUUCAAUUCCAAUGCCUACAGAAAUCAUUAAUGGAAUCUGUCGUGAGAUAUGAGAAAUGUUUACAGGACUGGGUGGCUGGUUGGAGACGGUUUCCUCUCCAGAAACAGCAUGGAGAUUUUACACAGUCUGAACACUGUGGUGUCAUGCAUUAUUAGCUUGUUUUAUGUUAAGUAUUACUCAUUCAAAGGACAAUAUUAGAAUAUCUUUCCUAAGGAAGUGCAUUGUUCCUCUAUCAAGGACAGCCUCUGCCAUUUCCCCAAUGUCUUGCAUGAUUUAACACAGUUAAAAAUAAUACAAGGCUAAACGUAAUCUCUCGUGGACAGACUACAUAAAUGGUUAAGCAUCUGACCAAAUUACGUGAGAUUUAAGUUCUUGUUUAACCAAGAUUAGGCUAAGCCUAACAUUAAUAAUCUCUGAAUAUAUGUUGAUGGAAACAAACAUUGUUAGAUUUCAUUGGAGAUGGAUUGGCCAGCAGUGUCCAUAAACCUGUGGUUAAAGGGAGCUGAAGUGGGUGCUGCCUUUGUUUAGGGUUAUCUGUAAGUUUAGAAUUCUGAAUAUUUUGGCUGGUUCAGUCAAUAUAGUGGAUCAAUUGCCCAGCCUCUGAAAUAGCUAUGCUAUCAGCGCAUGUUAGUGUAUGCAUGGGAAAUGUUUGUGCUGAGCUUAUUACUGUUCAAAGUAAAUCUCAGCAUAAGAAGUAUUCAGUUUGGACCACCUAUUUUACAGGUAACAACCUCUCAGUGGGAGAACUUUCAGAAGAGGUUAUCUUUUGAAAGUGUUUCUUGAAAGUCAAUAUCUGUCUGUGGAGGGGAAAAAAAUCCUUGUAUAGAAUUGUCAAGAAAUGUCCUGUUGUCCACUCAUGUAUUUGUGUUGUUUUGUCCUAUAAAGACUCCCAUCUCGUACAAUCACACCUGACCGGAUUGUGUUCAUCAUGCCAGGGCAGCAUGCAUCUUAUUUGCGAAUACUGUAUAGUUCACACUCAUCAAUACUGUGGAUUGGUUGCCAAUGAAGUCAUUCAAAAAGAAAUAUGUAAAUAUCUUUGUCUUGUCAUUGACAUGCUUUUUGUUCAGAAACCAUUAUUAGGUCAACUAUCAUGAUUUAAGUCAGCCUUUUGUUUGUCAGCUUUAUUUGACUCAGGUGACAUUUCUUAUCACAUAAUCCACAGACUAAUCACUUAUGUAUUUUAAAUUAAAUAUUUCCUUUCCCUCCUGACUAUUAAAGGGCAAUUCCACCACUUUUCAACCUCAUUUUCAUUAUCUCCAGCACAAUACCAGUGUCUACCGGCAAUAAAAUACCCUCCCUCUGGCUAGAAACUCAUUGCAGAUUUUGAAAAUCACUUUUUAAAAAAACUUUUUAUCCUACACUGAUGUCACAAAGAAGCAUUUUAUAGGACCUUGUCUUUUUAACCACAGAUAAUAGAAACACUGUUUUCAGAUGGUUUGGUGCUGGAGAUAAUGAAUGAGGUUGAAAAGUGAAUUGCUCUUUAACAUUACAACCUAUUUAUGCUUGAGUUGUGUUUCUUUCCACCAAUACAGAAUGAACACCUAUCGCACAGGAAUGUUAUGUACAGUAUGUGUAUGCAUCACAGGUAUGUUUGCUGCCUGUCAGUUUGUCUGUAGUGUUGUGGGCCAUUGUGUUUUUGAUGCGAGUUAUGAUUCCUAAGCGUUACCUCAAAUAUUAAAAAUCAAUAUAUGAAAUAUGUAAUUGUUCAUUUUAUUGACACUGAUGGGAUAGGGUACUGCCUCAAAUGGAGGACAUGACAGUUUUUUCAACAUAAUAAACGAUGAAAGAUGUUGACCAUG